UCGUUCACUCCACUCGCUCUCGUUGAUUUGGCCAAUGUUUGGCCUAGUUGCUUAGUUUAUUAGAUUUUUACUUCUAAUAUUUUUUAUAUAAAUGUAGUGUUCAGUCCUUAUUUUAAUAAUAUUGUGACAUUAUUAUGUGAUACUUAAAAUGCCUGGCAUAAGGAAAUAUCGAAGGGAUACCAGCGAAGUCAGCUGUUGUUUGAAAUAUGUUAUUUUUGGUGUGAAUGUUUUGUUCUGGUUUCUCGGUCUAAUCGUGCUAGCGGUGGGAGUGUGGGCAUGGACGGAGAAGGACACAUUUAACAAUCUGUCCCGACUCACUAACAUUGCCUUGGAUCCAGCAUUUAUAUUAAUAUGUGUGGGCGCCAUUACGUUCAUAAUUGGGUUCACGGGCUGCGUCGGUGCUCUUCGUGAGAACACGUGCCUGCUUGCAUGCUAUGCCGUUUUCCUUGCACUGCUUCUACUGGCAGAGAUGACUACUGGCAUUCUAUUCUUCGUAUUUAAGGACUGGAUAAAACAACAAGCAACAACUGGUUUCCAAUCUUUCAUCACACACUAUAGAGAGGAUCCUGACCAACAAAACUUAAUCGAUUGGAUACAAGAAGACUGGUUACAAUGUUGCGGUGUGGAAGGUCCUCGGGAUUGGGACCGUAACGCCUACUUCAACUGUUCGAGCGGGGCCGUGGGCUCGCGCGAAGCUUGUGGAGUUCCCUUUAGUUGCUGCAGGAACAAGCCACAGGACAUUAUCAGGAAUAAACAGUGCGGAUACGAUGUUAGGAAACCUACCUAUAAUUUUGAUAGAACAAAGAUAAUAUAUGACAAGGGCUGUUUAGAGGCAGCCGAGGAGUGGUUCGACCACAACCUGUUGAUAGUAGCCACGUCCGCUGUUUGUACUGCUUUUGCACAAAUCCUGGGCAUCUGCUUCGCGCAGAACCUCCGAGCGGACAUAUUCGCGCAGAAGGCGAAGUGGCACUGACAAUCAGCCUCUCCUGCCGCCGUGUGACGCGCCCGCCCCCCCUCGCACUCACUACUGCACUACUACACUACUCCCCUAUUGUGCUGAAUCAAGACUAACUUCUCUAUUCUUCCCAAGAUAAGCAAAUUAUAAAUUCUAUUUUAUAUCUGUGAAUUUGUCUAAUGUUGCCAUUGUUGAAACGUAUUUUUGAAAUGGCAACACUGUUAUGUUCUUGACAUUGUGUAAACCAGGAUUUAUUUUUUCUUGUAUUCACUUCUACGAUUUUAGAAAUUCGCACAAAUUGCCCCAUUGUAUUUUCGUAUAUGGGCUAACGUAAUACAAUUUCAUAACAUACUUUUCCUUUGGGAAAAUGCACAGUAUAAAACUAGAACUUCAGCACAUCUAUUCUAAAAUACAUGCAUUUAUUUGCAUAUUAGGUUAAUGUUUGUCGUGCAGAUUAUUUAUAUACACCGUAAGUGCUCAUCUUACUGUCCCUAGGCUCUUUCAGAACUAUCUUAACAUGGAAAAGUAAGUGAAUGGAGAACUCAUAAUAUGUCAUGUAAUCAGUUAAUCUUUUUGACUUCUAAGACUUUCUUCAUAAUAUUACUAGUUUGCACAUUCAAUGCAUUAAUCUCAAUAAAGUACAUUUCUUGCAAGUUGUUAGAAGUCUCACGAUGGCUUAAGAUACCAUUGCCAUUCUGGGCUUUAAUGUCUUCUGAUUGAAAUGCGGCCGUAACUGACUGACAGACCUCAAGUUAGUGUUAGUACUCCAUUUACUUUAUCCUCUGUAUCUCCCUCUGGCACUCUAUCUUUCUUCCACCAUUCUUGGAUACUCUUCAAUCUCUGUCUCUGUAAAUAACAUUAUAAUAAUGUUGGUACUUGUUGAUAGAAUUAUCCAAUGCAUAUAUCCUUGUACAGUGGAGUUAGCUCUGGAAUAUGGCAGCUUUGUAGAUUAAUAUUAAAGUAAGUAAUCUUUUUAUUCAGUUUUUAGUAGUUCUAUACCAUGAGCCAAAGGACAGAAAUGCUAGUCGAACAGAAUCGAAAAGUCAGUAUACAUUUGACAUUGACGUGCGACAAAUUAUGUCAAUCCUUAUUAUGUCAAUCGCAUAUUGAAUUUACUUCAGUUUGACUUCUGUGUCCGUCAUUUACCUAUUAGCACUGUUCUACGUAAACGACUUAAAGUUAUUUAUAUCGAUAAAAGACAUGUUUCUAGUUAUUGCUCGAUAAUAAAUAGUCCCAAAGCUAACUUCACUAUGAAGCGAUGUGUUCAAAUUGGCCAAUUAUUAGCCUUAACGGGAGCUGUGAGAUGAAUUUAAUAUUGGAAUAUAUAAGUAUUAAGAUGGUUAACAAGUUUGUUCAAGAUACUGAAAGCUAUUUAAUUGUUAUAUUCCUUACAGAUAUUAAAUGUUGUUACAUUAAUGUGACCAGAGAACAUGCCAUCCAAAUGUAGCGCUUAUGUUGUUUGAAAUUCAAGAAUAAUUGUCAACUUAAAACCGUGGUCACUUAAGGUUCAAUUUGAAAUGUGGUGCUGCAUGAAAUAUUCCUGUAGUGUAGUUUGUUCCGAGUGUGUGCAAGUUGUAGGAUGUCGGGUUGUGUUUGCAGCAGGAGAAUAAUGGCUGACAAUAUUAUUAGGACGGGGUCUUAAACAUAGGCGGCGGCUAAACGGUAUAGACAUACUUUAUUUUACAUCUAUUCUGACUGUAUACUACAUGUAAUUAUAGUUCUUUUUUAGUAAUUGUUAAGUGCUAUAAUCGUUUAAGUUUAAAACUUUAAUUUUAGUACCCUCGCUUUACGCUCGUCCGCCCGCCAAACAAGACCCUGCCUGAUUUGUAUUAAGAUAAUAUAUUUUAUUAUAAACUCAAAUUAGUGAUAAGAAAUACUCAUUUAGAAAACAAAAAUAUUAUUAUUAUACAUUAAAAUAAUGAUUUACUUAAUCAUGAUUCCAAAAGUAUUGCAUGUUUAAAAAUAUAUAAAUCGCUUUGGUAUUGUUAUGAAUCUCUUUUGAGGUUUUAUGCACAAAUUAUAAUUAGGCAUUAUGUGUUACAAAAGUCUAUGUGUAAUAUUCUUGUUUUUGGUAGGUUAGCUAUUACCGCUGGUUCGAUAGAUGUUUAAACGAAUGUGUUCCUUAUAAAGCUGGCUUUAGAACUUAUAAUGUAUAAUCUCAAACCGAAUCAUCAUUGUUUUUAAAUAGUUAUGUGAAAGUGUUAUGUGCCUAUACUAUAUAGAAAUAUAUCUUGAAAUAUUGUUUGUUAACGUAUCAUGUGUAUUUAUUAGCCGUAAUUGUCACUGCCUUAUUGACUGCAAAAGUAUUCAUUUUGUAUUUAUAUUACUUUGUGUUUGUAUACCUAAUGGUUUUUGGGUGCAUUUUACUAACCGCUUUAAAGUAUUUAACUUCAUAGUAUAAGGUUUAGUUUUCGAAUCUAUAAUCAUUUAUUCUAAUGAUCUUUUUAUUUAAGUUAUUUUAUAUGAUCUAAGUGCCGAAAUUUAUAUACUUUUGUACUAAGUUGCCACAGUUUAGUGAACUAGUCUUUAAAGAAAAAUGUUUUAUACUCUACCUUUUUGCAAAAACAAUUUAAUAAAAGUAUUUUUUUUUAUACAAACCACUUGUAAUGAGAUUGUAUUAUUAUUUUUGAAAAUGUAUUUUUAUUUUAUUGACUUUAUAAAGUAUUAAAGAGUCUGGUAUUGAUUUACGAUGCCAGUUCUGAAGGUCCUCGUAUUUAUAACGUAGUCUUAGUAUUUAUGUAAUUUUCAAAUGACUUAAAAUCGAUAUUUUGUAUGGAAAUAUAAGUAUAAUAUG